CAAGAUUCGAUUCUUUGAAGCGGCGCAUGCAGGCGACCAGCGGCGAGCUCAUCUUUGCGCGAAUGCAGCAGAAUGCAGAGGCAACGCUGCUUGGCGGCAUGGAGCCGUCGAUGGUCGCGCUCUUGAACGGCGCCGACGACCGGCACCGCGCGCACCUCGCGGCGCAGCGCACUCGCCUCGCCGCCUUGCGUCAACUCCAUCGUCGCAAGGCCGAUGCCCGCCUCGAGUCGCUCGCGCUCCAGAAAAGGCGUCUGCAGGGCGUGGCCCCCGUCGUCGACCGGCUGCGCCUGCUCCCGCAGCCGUAUAUUGAUGCAUACCACGGCCUGCACCGCGUGCUCGACCACGUGCUAAUGACGCUCGUGCUCCGCUACUACGCGACGAUCGAGACGGAGCUGCGUUACGUGCAGCAGUGGCUGCGUGACCAGGUCCAAGUAAGCGACGACGCUGCGUUGGCGGCCAAGGCCACUUUGCACUUGAGUACGUUUGCCGUGUACCUCGAGAGCGAGACAGGAGGAGACGUGACGCUCCGUCGGCUCGAAGAGACGAACGCCCAGGGCCUCCGGUGUCGCCGGGCUGCGAUUGAAAACGUCCGCAAAGGCUGGGGCUCGGAGAUGCAGGUGCAGCACGUGUACAAGAUGGAGCAUCUCCCGCUGCUUGCGCGCUUCCAGGCCCGCGCACGCCUUGGCGGGCACAAGAUCAAAGGCCUCUUCUGCUCGCUCCCAGCCGCCUCGCUGCCGCGCUGCGUGGCGCUAGGCUUGACUAGCGACGAGGAGAAGAAUACGAUAAUCUUUAAGGACAGCUGGUACUCGAUCCGAGGUCAGCGACACACGUACGCCCGCCAUCUCGCGACGUCGGCGCCGACCAUCGAGUUGCCAAAGCGGUUCUCGCGCUACAGCACGCUCCUUGAGCACAAGGCCGACGCAAUGACGUCAUCUACGAGUGGCGAGCUCCGCUACUUGGCGCUCUGUCGCGUGGUCCUCGACGAGUCUUGCACCGAGUACCUCGACUCCGAGAUGAGCACUAGGACGAGUACGUCGUGCAUGACGCGUCCUGCGUCCUUCCCGAAUUCAUCUUGCAAUAUCGGUUUGUAUCGUCCCAUUCACCCGAGCCGCUCGCGACGCAGCUGCCGUGCGACGUGACCGUAUCGUCCGUGGACGUGAGUGCGAUCACGUCGCUGCUCAAAGUACCCUCGACGACUCAAGGACCGACAGCCGCGUCCAUUGUGCUGUCGGCGCCUGUCCCGGCGCGCGGGCUGCGCAAGACCAAGCCCGAGCUUUUCGCGGCCAAGCGCGUGGGUCUGGACGAGGUGCGAGCCAACUGCAGCGGCCAGCGCGAUGUCUUUGCUACCGCGAUCGACGAUUCGCUCGAGCGAUUCUGGCGCCUCGUGCACCACAGCUGGACGCUUCACGCCCAGCACACGCUGCCACACGCCUCACCGCGCAUACAGAGCGACGAGCGAGUUCUGGAGGAUGGUGCUGAGAGCAGCGAUCGCGCUUUUGUGCUGGCCAAGCAGCGCGCGCUACAUUCACAAAAAGCCAAGAUGAAGUUGCUCGGGAGUCCGUCUAGCAGUCUUCGGCCCUCGACGAGUCUACCGCACUUGAAAUCGUAGCUAGUGGUUUAGACUGAACAAGCUUAGGAAGAGUUAGACUCUACUCCUAUCGAAUUGCUUCC